AUGUCACAGCAUGAUGGAACAAUGAGUCUACAGGUGAAACAGGAAGCAUGUGAUCGCUUACCACAUGAAGAUUCUCUACAGCUUUCAGUAGGAAAUGAGUACAAAAGUUCAGUUAGAGUUGCGCAUUACAGAUUGCCUGACAACAGGAUCCUUCCUGGCAGCAUGAAAGACAAUUUUUGGGAGAUGGGAGACACUGGCCCUUGUGGCCCCUGCAGCGAGAUCCAUUAUGACCGAAUUGGAGGGAGAGAUGCUGCACACUUGGUCAAUAUGGAUGAUCCUAAUGUACUGGAAGUGUGGAACCUGGUGUUCAUUCAGUUCAACAGGGAGUCUGACGGCAGUUUGAAACCGCUUGCUAAGAAGAGCAUUGAUACUGGAAUGGGACUCGAGAGGUUGGUCUCUAUCCUGCAGAAUAAGAUGUCCAACUAUGACACAGACCUCUUUGUACCUUACUUUGAAGCCAUCCAUAAGGGAACUGGUGCCAGGCCAUACUCUGGAAAAGUUGGAGCAGAAGACACUGACGGCAUUGAUAUGGCUUACAGAGUACUAGCAGAUCAUGCUCGAACAAUCACAGUGGCCCUUUCUGAUGGUGGUAGACCUGACAAUGUUGGCAGAGGGUAUGUGCUGAGAAGAAUUUUGAGAAGAGCUGUCCGAUACGCUCAUGAGAAGCUUGGUGCUUCCAAGGGUUUUUUUGCCACACUCGUUGAUGUUGUUGUUCAAUCCUUGGGAGAUGCAUUUCCAGAACUGAAGAAGGAUCCAGAAAUGGUGAAGGACAUUAUUAAUGAAGAGGAAGCUCAGUUCCUGAAAACACUGAGCAGGGGACGACGUAUCCUUGACAGAAAGAUACAGGUGUUAGGUGAUUGUAAAAUCAUUCCAGGUGAUACUGCUUGGCUGCUGUAUGAUACCUAUGGAUUUCCUGUGGAUCUUACUAGUCUGAUAGCAGAGGAACGAGGUUUGGAAGUAGAUAUGCAUGGCUUUGAGGAAGAGAAGAAAGCUGCUCAAAUAAAAUCUCAAGGAAGAGGAUCUGAAGAUGAAGAUCACAUCAUGCUAGACAUUUAUGCUAUCGAAGAACUACAAGCCAAAGGUGUUGCAGUGACUGAUGAUUUGCUGAAGUACAACUAUACAUCUGAUGACAAGGGCAACUACGCAUUUGCAUCUGCUGUCACCACUGUAAAGGCAAUUCGGAGAGAGAAGACAUUUGUGGAGGAGGUGUCAACAGGACAGGACUGUGGUGUACUACUUGACCAGACCUGUUUCUAUGCUGAGCAGGGUGGGCAGAUCUUUGAUGAAGGCUACCUGAUAAAAGAAGAUGAGAGUACAGAAGAUAAAACUGAAUUCACUGUCAAAAAUGUUCAGGUUCGAGGUGGUUAUAUUCUUCAUAUAGGCACUGUUUAUGGUCAUCUGAAGGUUGGUGACUCCGUCCACCUUUAUAUCGAUGAGACUAGGAGGCGACCCAUAAUGAGCAAUCACACUGCUACACACAUCCUGAAUUUUGCUUUACGAUCUGUACUUGGUGAGGCAGACCAGAGGGGUUCCUUGGUUGCUCCAGAUAGGCUGCGAUUUGACUUCACUGCUAAAGGGGCCAUGUCAACUCAGGAAGUCAAGAAAUCAGAAGAGAUUGCCAACAAAAUGAUUCAGGAGAGCAAACCUGUUUAUGCCAAGGAUGCGCCAUUGGCAGUAGCUAAGGCCAUUCAGGGUCUUCGUGCUGUGUUUGACGAGACUUAUCCUGACCCUGUACGUAUUGUCUCCGUCGGAAUUCCAGUGGAAGAUUUACUAGCUGAUCCAUCUGGACCUGCUGGUUCUGUCACUUCCAUCGAGUUUUGCGGUGGAACCCAUCUGCAAAACACUGGCCAUGCGGGUCCCUUUGUCAUUGUGUAUGAAGAAGCCAUUGCCAAAGGAAUCAGAAGGAUAGUUGCCAUUACAGGAGCAGAAGCACAAAAGGCUCUGCGAAAGGCUGAUGCACUGCAGCAGGCUCUCACUGUUCUUGGAACCAAGGUGAAAGUGCAGACUGCUCCCAACAAAGAUAUUCAGAAAGAAAUUGCAGAUCUGAGUGAGGUAUUGGCAGUUGCAAUCGUACCUCAGUGGAAGAAAGAUGAGAUGCGUGAAUCUUUGAAAGCUCUGAAAAAAACGAUGGAUGACCUGGAUAGAGCAAGCAAGGCUGAUGUGCAGAAAAGAGUACUUGAUAAGACCAAACAGUUGAUUGCAACCAGCCCAAAUCAGCCUUUGGUGAUAUUGGAGAUGGAGAACGGUGCUUCUGCCAAGGCUCUGAACGAAUCUCUCAAGCUGUUCAAGACUCAGUCACCUCAAACCUCCACAAUGCUCUUCUCAGUGGACAGAGAGGCUGGGAAAAUCACCUGUUUAUGCCAGGUUCCUCAGGAGGUGGCAGAGAAGGGAUUAAAAGCGAAUGAGUGGGUACAGCGUAUCUCGGACCUUCUAGAUGGAAAGGGAGGAGGAAAAGAUAUGUCUGCCCAAGCCACUGGUAAAAAUAUAGACUGCAUUCAAGAGGCUCUGAAGCUGGCAACAGAAUUUGCUCAGCUGAAGUUAGGAGAAGUCAAAAACUGAGUGGGGGCAUCUCCAAGAAGGAUAGGUAUACGAGUUUAAAUCAGGACAUCAUUAACAACUUUCUUAAAUAAUAAAACAGUUGCUUAAUUCCUUCAGAUAAGCAACUGGGCUUCCUGACAUCUUAAAUCAUUGCACUAAAUAAUACAAACUGGAGCUGUUCUUUACAUAGAACAUAACAGUGUCCUUGGAUCCCAUUUUAACAUCAGGAACUUAAUGAGUAAAUUUGCCAUUUUCUGCCUUUAACCUGUUACAUUUCUUUGAAGUAGAUUAUUAGCUCAUUUCUGAAAGUUUUUAAGCAAAGGUCCUCUGUGUUACAAACCAACUGUUCAUUGUUGAAAUAUUUGCAUACUGUUUCUAUUGACAUUAAAAUAAAAAUAGUGUACAAUGGCAUUGUUCUUUAUCCUGUGUAGAUACAUGCUGGCAUUGUCCAUUACUACUUGAAACUGUAGUUAGUGGCAUCAUGAGUUCUGAAUACUGACAUUAACUGUUGUAAAAUAAAUGUUCAUUGUAUUUAAUUAUCAGUCUGUAUGAAAGGUACAAUAAUAUUACACUUCUCUCCUGAUGCAACAGAUUAAAUGUAUGUAUAGCAUGUAAAGAAAACACUUUUUGAAUAAAAAUGAAACCAUCAUA